GGAGUAACACCUUGUGACUAUUUCGUGAAGUCCUCAGACUUCCCUCCAAAGGACUCCACUGUCUUCGGAUCAAGAAUACUCAAGAGUUGGCGACCCAAAAUGAAGAGACGUCAAAAGCGUGUCCUGCAAAUGGCUUUCCUUUUCAUGGUGGCACUUAUAUUCUUACCCAACAUUGGCUUGUGGUCCCUGUACAGAGAGAAACAUUUGAUGAAGUCACAUGAAGCAGGAGAACAGGGCUUCUCUUUAGCUCUGAAUGAUGGCCACAUCUACACAUGGACGGACGGCUUAAGGAGGAUAGACUGGCACGACAACGAGAGCAUCAGGAGGGAUGAGUUGCGAAUCGGAAAAGGAGAACAUGGGAAACCUUAUCCUCUGACUGAGGAUGAGUGUGAUGACUUGGUGUACAAAGAGAAUGGCUUUAACAUCUACGUUAGCAACAACAUUGCCUUGGACCGGUCUCUCCCAGACAUCAGACAUCCCAACUGCAAACAGAAGUUAUAUCUGGAGAACCUUCCCAACACCAGCAUUAUUAUCCCCUUCCACAACGAGGGCUGGUCCUCCCUCCUGCGCACCAUCCACAGUGUGGUCAACCGCACCCCUGACCACCUCAUCGCAGAGAUUAUCCUGGUGGACGACUUCAGUGACAGAGAUCACUUAAAGAACAAACUGGAGGAGUACAUGUCCCGCUUCCCAAAGGUGCGGAUAGUGCGGACAAAGAAGCGUGAGGGCCUGAUCCGCACCCGUCUGCUGGGGGCGUCCAUGGCCCAGGGGGAGGUGCUCACCUUCCUGGACUCCCAUUGCGAAGCCAACAUCAACUGGCUGCCUCCGCUGCUCGAUCAGAUAGCCCAGAACCCCAGGACCAUAGUGUGCCCGAUGAUUGACGUCAUCGACCAUAAUCACUUCGGCUACGAGGCCCAGGCAGGCGAUGCCAUGCGGGGUGCUUUCGACUGGGAGAUGUACUACAAGCGCAUCCCCAUCCCCCCUGAACUGCAGCGGACGGACCCCAGUGACCCCUACGAGUCUCCAGUAAUGGCUGGAGGUCUGUUUGCAGUCAAUAGGCAGUGGUUCUGGGAGCUGGGCGGCUAUGACACUGGCCUGGAGAUUUGGGGUGGAGAGCAGUAUGAGAUUUCUUUCAAGGUGUGGAUGUGUGGCGGCAGCAUGUACGAUGUGCCCUGCUCUAGAGUAGGACACAUCUACAGGAAGUAUGUGCCCUACAAAGUGCCCUCGGGGACCAGCCUGGCAAGAGUGAGUGUGUGGAAUCUGAAGCGAGUGGCGGAGACCUGGAUGGAUGAGUACACAGAGUACAUCUACCAGAGGAGGCCAGAGUAUCGGCACCUCUCCACCGGGGACCUGACCGCACAGAAGGAGCUACGCAAGCACCUCAAGUGCAAAGACUUCAAGUGGUACAUGAAAAACGUAGCCUGGGACCUGCCCAAGUACUACCCCCCUGUGGAGCCCCCGCCUGCUGCCUGGGGAGAGAUUCGCAAUGUGGCAUCAGGCUUAUGUGUCGACUCCAAGCAUGGCUCCACAGGCACAGAGUUGCGUCUGGAUGCUUGCCUGAAGGAGGGAGCAGAGCGCACAUGGGCACAUGAGCAGAUUUUCACAUUUGGUUGGAGGGAAGACAUCCGCCCAGGCGACCCCCUCCACACCAGGAAGUUCUGCUUCGAUGCCAUCUCCCAGAGUAGCCCGGUCACUCUCUAUGACUGCCAUGGCAUGAAAGGCAACCAGCAUUGGAGCUACCGCAAGGACAAAUCUCUCUACCACCUCGUGAGCAGUGGAUGUAUGGACUGCAGCCCCAGUGAUAAGAGGAUUUUCAUGAACACGUGUGACCCCCUCUCAGAGACACAACAGUGGCUAUUCCAGAGAGUCAAUGUCACCGUUUUGGACAAAUUCAACAGUGCUGCCGACUCGUAGGAAGACUCACUGCCUCGUCCUGCCCUCUAGUCCCUGAACAACAUCUGCAGAGGAGGCCAGCAGCCCGGUCUAACAGACCUACCACAAUCCCAGAAUCCUCGGUGAUGGGUCUUAGCACAAAGUUCCUGGGAGUGCUCAUCGCAGAUGACCUCUCAUGGACUACCAACACCACUGCGCUGGUCAAGAAGGUGCAGACACGACUCCACUUCCUGAGAAGGAUGAGAAGAGCUGACCUCCAGGCCUCUGCUCUCACCACCUUCUACAGAGGUGCUAUACAUGGGUUCUAAAUUUUGUUUAUAACCUGACUGCGCGAACCUAGCAGCGCACAACUCAACCUCUGAUUGUUGGAAACCGCUGUCGGUCAAAAAAUUAGCUCACGUGGUUGGCUGCCAGUGUCUUGCCCCUCCUCAUAACAUUGUGUUG